GGCUCUGCGUACGUAUAGCCGCCGCAAACUUUGUCCGCGUAGCACACGGCCGCCGCGAUCUCUUGUCUCUCCUCCGUCGACUUGAUUAAAUCGAUGCGCGAUCUGUUUGAUUAAAAAUUUCUACAAACAACCUGACUUGUGUGUGAUAAGUGCCUCAGUAAGUCGUGGCUCGUCCGCCCGUAGUGAUUAAAGUGUCGCCAAAAAAUGAAGUUAUUUUAAGUUAUCAGAUUUUCGAAUUAUGUGCGACCAGGAAGCGGACCUACGAAACAAAAGAACAGUCUCUGGCGCAUCGCAGCUCAGAAACAGCCUGACUUAUUUGGAGCAAAGGCGCAGUGCCAACUCGACGACGAACUACAACGAUAGAUGGAGAAACACCUUUAGCAAACCUGUGAAGCUACCUUUGAGCGAGGAAAGUCGCCAGAAGAACGAUAUCGUUCGAAGAAAAUCCGUAACGGAUAUGGGCAGUCAACAAGAAGUCAUGGAACACAGACAAAGUAACGUUAAAUCGUCUCCGCUGCCACCUGAAAAGUUGCUUAACAACAACAGUAAUGCCACUAACGACUUAAACAAACAAGAAAACGCUUUAAUAGGCUACAAAAGUCUCUCCUCGGCCGCGAACCAAGUGAGACCUAAAAUUACGUCGCCUCUCACCUCCCCUAAGACGUCGCGGUGGACCAAAAACGUCUACAAAGUAACCCCACCGGAAGAACCCAUACAAAACAUCGCCCUCAAAUUGAUAUUAGAUCGCAAAGAAGCCAAAAUGAACAGCGAUGAAGCCAGUCAACACCUCCUAAAUGUCGAAAGCAUCAUCAGCAGGCUGAACAACGAAGAAAGACACACGGACAACCUGAAAAAAUUCGACGAAUUGAUCAAGAAAAACCCCAAACUCACCAACAAAACGAUCAUGGUCAACGACCCCCCUCAGUCGCAGGAGGCCCUGAAAUCGGACGACGAAAUUUUAUCCCCAAUCAAGCACUGCAGCGAGAUCGAGGAUAUCCAGGCUCGUUACCAAAGUGACGCAGAACCUGACGAGGCGGAUCACUUUAAAAGGGACUCAAACGUGCGCAGAACUCUACAGGAAGACAAAAAACAACGCAAAAAUAUCGUCAAGCAGCCACUGAACAGGGCCACCUCAGAUGUGCAACCCAACAAAACUGUACAAAGAAAACCGACGAUAAAAGCCAGGAUGGGUACAAAAGCCAACAACAAGAGCAAUGACAGCACAGUGGAGUCGACCCGAAGUAGUUCGGCAUCGACAAGAAACAGGCCUCGGAUUGGAGAGGAACCAACAAUUGGCAAAUACAAAUUACUUAAAACAAUAGGAAAAGGCAAUUUUGCCAAAGUCAAACUGGCCAAACAUGUGCCGACAGGCAAAGAAGUAGCAAUUAAGAUUAUUGAUAAGACUCAACUCACUCCUGGGUCACUACAGAAAUUAUUUAGAGAAGUAAGGAUAAUGAAAAUGCUGGACCAUCCGAACAUAGUGAAGCUGUUCCAAGUGAUCGAGACGGAAAAGACUUUGUACCUGGUGAUGGAGUACGCGUCGGGCGGCGAGGUGUUCGACUACCUCGUGCUGCACGGCAGGAUGAAGGAGAAGGAGGCGCGCGCCAAGUUCAGGCAGAUCGUGUCGGCGGUGCAGUACUGCCACCAGAAGCGGAUCAUACACAGAGACUUGAAGGCUGAGAAUCUGCUGCUCGACAGCGAGAUGAACAUCAAAAUAGCCGACUUCGGAUUUUCCAACGAGUUCACGCCCGGCAGCAAGCUAGACACCUUCUGCGGCAGUCCGCCCUACGCGGCGCCCGAGCUCUUCCAGGGUAAAAAAUACGACGGCCCCGAGGUGGACGUGUGGUCGCUGGGCGUGAUCCUGUACACGCUCGUGUCGGGCAGCCUUCCGUUCGACGGCUCGACGCUGCGCGAACUGCGCGAGCGCGUGCUGCGGGGGAAGUACCGCAUCCCGUUCUACAUGAGCACCGAUUGCGAGAACCUGCUCAAGAAGUUCCUCGUGCUGAACCCCACCAAGCGGGCCAGCCUCGAAACCAUCAUGAAGGACAAGUGGAUGAACCAGGGAUACGACAAUGACGAGCUCAAGCCGUACAUCGAGCCCGAGGCGGACAUGAGCGACCCGAAGAGGAUCGACGCUCUAGUCUCGUUAGGAUUCAACAAGUACGACGUGGAAAAUUCGCUCGUUUCGGCGAAAUACGACGACGCCUACGCGACGUACUUGCUGCUGGGAAGAAAGAGCACAGACCCUGAGAGCGAUGGCAGUCGCAGCGGUAGCAGCCUUUCGCUGCGGAACAUGACCGGACAGCAACAGGUGGGUGCGCCGCAACCUACUGCGCAGAGCCCGCACCGCGGCGUGCACCGGUCGAUCUCGGCCACGCAGUCGAAACCGAACAGAAGAGCCUCCAGCGGCGGUGGCACAAUAGGCGAAACGUUGAGAACGGGCCAGCAACAGGUGCCGGCCACGCAGAGCAACAACCACCAAUCGGGCUUCAAAAGACAAAACACGGUCGACAGCGCCACCAUCAAAGAGAACAGCGUGCGACACAACUCGCGGCCUGCCAGCGCUCAACCCAAAACCGCCACGGAAAACAGUAUACAAGCUACGACUAAAGCUCGACCUGUAUCUAAGAAUCCACCGUUAUCUUUAGGGCCUGCGGUUGGGCGAAGGUCGACGAUCAGCUACGACGCUAAAUCGGAAAGCACAGAAAAGACCAAUAUGGCCGCCGACCUACCCAGUCGGCAGAGCGCCUCGCCGGCCGCCACCAGGCAACAGCAGGCCUUCCCCAGGAACACCAGCUCGAGAAGCACCUUCCACUCGGGCCAGACCAGACAGCGAGCGACGUAUGCCGCGGGCUCGCCCGCUGACGCGCACACCAGGCCGUCGUUUUUUAGCAAGUUCAGUCUCAAGGGAUUCACCAAAAGAGCAUUAGAAACUGGCCCACAAGUUAAACAUGCCAACUCACCUUUACCUACUGUAGGGGUUGGCGGCGGAGGAAUGACGGGCACGGGAACGGUGGGCGUGGGCGGCGGGGUGGUCGGCGGAGGCGGCGCGCAGAACGAGGAGCACAUCAAGCCGCGCUCGCUCCGGUUCACGUGGUCGAUGAAGACGACGUCGUCGCGCGACCCCGCCGAAAUCAUGUCCGAGAUACGGAAGGUUUUGGACUCGAACAAUUGCGAUUACGAGCAACGCGAACGUUUCCUUUUGCUGUGCGUGCACGGCGACCCCAACACCGACAGCCUCGUGCAGUGGGAGAUCGAGGUGUGCAAGCUGCCCCGGCUAUCGCUCAACGGUGUCAGGUUCAAGAGGAUUUCGGGUACCAGUAUCGGUUUCAAAAACAUUGCUAGCAAGAUAGCAAACGAACUAAAGCUGUGA